CAGAAGAUACUAGCAUUAUGCAACUCAUCCAAAAUGGUCCCACUUGUGUCGAUACUCGUGGUUCUUGCUCUUCCUGUAUUGGUGUUGAUCCUCUUGAACAAACACAGAAGCCCUAAGAACCGUCGUCCACCGGGUCCAAGAGGCCUUCCCAUAGUUGGCAACCUUCUCCAACUUGACAAUUCAAAUCUCAAUUUCGAACUGUUGCAGCUCUCACAGACCCACGGCCCUCUUUUCUCUCUCAAACUUGGGUUCCAGCGGGCCAUUGUUAUUUCCUCUCCCAAACUCGCCAAAGAGCUCCUCAAAGACCACGAUCUUAACGUGUGCACAAGGCCCCCCUCGCAUGGCCCUCUGAAACUCUCUUACAAUGGCUUGGAGCUCAUUUUCUCUCCCUACAGUGACCACUGGAGAGAAAUCAGAAAAAUCUGCAUGGUUCAUUUCUUCAGCUCCAAACACAUCUCUAGCUUCUCCCACGUCAGAAAAUCCGAGGUGAAGCAAAUGAUUGAGAUCAUAUCCCGCCACGCGUGUUCCUCGAAAUCGACGAACCUGAGUGAGGUUAUCUUGUCGGUUGCAAGUGCUAUCAUAUGCAGGGUCGCCUUCGGGAGGAAGUACGAUGAGGAAGGUGCUGAACGAAGCAGGUUCCACAACCUGCUUAAUGAGACGCAGGCUAUGUUCCUUUCCUUUUUUGUUUCGGAUUUUGUUCCGUUCCUCGGGUGGGUUGAUAAACUCACCGGCAUGCAUGCUCGUCUUGAAAAUACUUUCAAGGCGUUGGAUGUGUUCUUCCAAGAAGUCAUUGACGACCACCUCGAUCCUAAUACGGUGAAACAAAGUGAAGAGAUGAAUAUGGAUAUUGUUGAAGUGUUGCUCCAGCUAAAGAAGCAGGAUCGCAUGUCAAUAGACCUCUCCUAUGAUCAAAUCAAAGCUAUCAUCUUGGACAUAUUUGUAGCAGGUACGGAUACAACUGCAUCCACACCCGUGUGGGCAAUGACAGGAUUAAUGAAGAACCCAAGAGUAAUGGCCAAAGCUCAAGAAGAACUUAGAAAUGUGUGUGGCAACAAAGAGUUCAUAGAGGAAGAGGAUGUUGAAAAGCUUGUAUAUCUGAAAGCAGUGCUAAAAGAGACACUGAGGUUUUAUGCACCAACUCCACUUUUACCAAGAGAAGCCAUUAGAAAUUUCACAAUAGAAGGGUAUGAAAUAGAAGCCAAGACAUUAGUGUAUGUGAAUGGUUGGGCCAUUCAGAGAGACCCUGAAGCUUGGAAAGACCCAGAAGAAUUUUAUCCAGAGAGAUUCUUAAACAAUGAGAUAGAUUUUAAGGGACAAGAUUUUGAGAUGAUUCCGUUUGGUGCAGGGCGUAGAAUUUGCCCAGGCAUCUCGCUGGGAAUGGCCACAGUGGAGCUCAUAACUGCAAAUCUUCUUAAUUCAUUCCAUUGGGAAAUGCCUGUGGGGAUGAAACCUGAACACAUAGACACUGAGGGGCUGCCAGGACUUGCACGACACAAGAAGAAUCAUCUUUGCCUUGUUGCCAAGAAACGUGUGUGAAUGUGGUAAGUGCCUCUAAUUGAAUAAAGUAAUUUAAGUUUGGCCUCUGCUUUGGAUUGUGCAGAAUGUAUCACGAACACCAAGGAGUUUGGAACAUGAGAGAAUCAUGUUCUAGUUAUCUGCCCUUGUAAAAUAAAAAUCAUUUGAGCUUCCAAAACUCAAUAAAUGGAAUAUUUGGCACACUUUUAAUUGAGAAA